CACCUCAUCCUGAAAGUACCUAUGCAAUUAUUUGCUCUCCUCUGUUUUUAACGGGACAGAAUCAUGUUUGACUUUGCUCUUAAGUGACUUUUUGACUUGUUUUACCGUUUCCCCAUCACUCUUUUUAAACAGGUUCAGACUCAGAGUGCAAAUACAUUGAUGCUUUGAGAUUAAUGGACUGAUACUAAUAAGUGUGUGUGUGUGUGUGUGUGUGUGUGUGGAUCGUGCCACCUGGGCAUCACUAUAUAAGACUCAGAACAUCAGGCUGGGACCGUGAAAUCAGACUGGGAGCCAAGAAGGAGAAACCAGUGAGGCAACAUCAAAAUCUUUGGCUUCAUUUCUCUGUGACGACCCAACGCAAUCCGGGUAAGAUGAUGACAAGGAUCUACGCCUUCAUUGGACUUUUACUUCUCAUCCUGAUCCAGAGCAGCGUGCAGAUUCCCAUUCAAGAAAACAUGGAAGAAAACUCCAGCCUUAUGUCUGAGGAGGCACUAUUUAAUGACCCACGAGAAGUAAGCAACAUGAAGAGACAUUCAGAAGGCACAUUCUCAAACGAUUACAGUAAAUACCUGGAGACCAGGAGAGCACAAGACUUCGUCCAGUGGUUGAUGAACUCCAAGAGAAGUGGAGUCCCCACCCGACGACACGCAGACGGCACUUUCACCAGUGACGUCAGCUCUUACCUGCAGGACCAGGCGGCAAAAGAGUUUGUGUCCUGGCUGAAAACAGGGAGAGGACGACGCGAGUGAAGAUUCAUGACAACGAGGAAAAAAAACUAGCCUGCAUAACUGUGACAACACGGUUUUAUAAUGACUAGUGCUGUCAGUUUCAUUGAAUCAUGCAAAUAAAUCUUUCUUCAAAUGAAGCACUCUGUGAUU